AUGAAUUCACAGGGUUCACAGGUCACAGGUCACAGGGGUUGUGGGGGUGGUGGAAGCGGCUACGGUGGCAGCUACAUCGGCGGCAGCUCAAUCGGUGGAGACUGCAACUUUGGGGGCAACUUUGGAGCCGACUUUGCAGGCUUGGGAGCCCUGAAGGGCUCAUUGGAGGACGUGAGUGGUGACUGCAAGGUGGGUGGUGGAGGUGGAAGCGGCAGCUAUGGCAGCUAUGGCAGCUCUGUGAUCGGCGGUGACUUUGGAGGCUUCGAAACGUCGAAUGGCUCUGUGAUCGGCGGUGACUUUGGAGGCUUCGAAAUGUCGAAUGACUCUGUGAUCGGUGGUGGAGCAGAGCGCGGAAGCCUGAAGGAAGCGCAGGUAGCGGCGAGCGUCAUCAUCAGAACCACCACCACAAGAGCCUUUGUCGAAGAUGAAGAUUACUAG